CGGAGUGCAGGUGCCGCCAUGUUUAGUUGGGGCGAGAUCUUUGUGAUCUUCGGGGCCUCAGCAAUGCUCUUUGGCAAGAAAGAUCUUCCUAUCAUGUGUCGCAGGCUGGGCAGUCUUGUCGGUAGAGGAGUGGUGUCCAUGAGACGGAUAAAGGAUGAAUACACCAAGAAAGGACCUCUGUCAGAGUUCAGCGAGCUACAUCAUGAGAUGAGAACCACUUUGUUUGAAAUCAACUCGGUCCAUUCAGAAAUAAGGUCGAACGUUCAGAUCAUCCCUCCAAUGUAUGGCUCAAUGCCAUUUUCUCCGGCAAAGCAGCAAAACACGGGCAACACGGUUGCUGCGUAUCAAAGCAUACAAAAUGCGUAUCGGCCUCCGUAUGCUCCUCCAGCACAAUCAAACGCCACAGCAGAGAAAACAAGCAUUCCUCAAACUCCCCCCGCCAACGCCCCUCAUGUACCAACUCAUGUCAACCAGACGACGAGCGAGGCAGCUCCCGCUGAAACCUCAGGAGAUUCUGUGAGCUCGUCGCAGAUCCUGUUUGGAGCCCCUUCCUCGCACGAGGCAGCCUCGUUUGAGUCCGUGACCAACAAGAUGCCGGGAGGAGCCGACCACAUCCUUGAGAUGAUCAGGAGAACAGAGCAACUGAGAUACGCCGAGUACAUUCAAAGCAUGUCCAAGCCUUCCAAGCCGCCCUCUCCCCAAUAGAU